AAAAUUAGAACUAGGCUGACAUUACAUUUCACUUGGUUACAGCUGACUGGGGAUUUUAAUCAUUUGGAGCCACAUUGAAAAUAAUUUCCCCCUGCAAUCUACUCUUAACUGAUAGUUACUAACUUUGGUUAUGUGAGCUUCAGCAUCCACUGAUAUUGGUAAGUAUUUGACAAUGUCUAUUACUUCAGAAUAUUACAUUAAUUGAUUUCUCAAACAAAGGUCCUUUCUGAAAUGGUACCUAUGAUUCAGCUAUUCAAAACCUAAUGAAGUUGGUGACUAUAUGACAAUGUGGAGAAAUCAUGACAGAAAAUGUGGUUUGUACUGGGGCUGUCAAUGCUGUAAAGGAAGUUUGGGAAAAAAGAAUAAAGAAACACAAUGAAGACCUGAAGCGAGAGAAGGAAUUUCAACACAAGCUAGUGCGGAUCUGGGAAGAACGAGUAAGCUUAACCAAGCUAAGAGAAAAGGUCACCAGGGAAGAUGGAAGAGUCAUUUUGAAGAUAGAAAAAGAGGAAUGGAAGACCCUCCCUUCUUCUCUGCUGAAACUGAAUCAACUACAGGAAUGGCAACUUCAUAGAACUGGUUUGCUGAAAAUACCUGAAUUCAUUGGAAGAUUCCAGAACCUCAUUGUGUUAGAUUUAUCUCGAAACACAAUUUCAGAGAUACCUCCAGGGAUAGGACUGCUUACUAGACUUCAGGAGCUGAUUCUUAGCUACAACAAAAUCAAGAUUGUCCCCAAGGAACUAAGUAAUUGUGCCAGCUUGGAGAAACUAGAACUGGCUGUUAACAGAGAUAUAUGUGAUCUUCCACAAGAGCUCAGCAAUCUGCUAAAACUUACUCACCUUGAUCUGAGCAUGAACCAUUUUACUACAAUCCCUCUUGCUGUGGUGAAUAUGCCUGCCCUUGAGUGGCUGGACAUGGGAAGCAACAAACUUCAACAACUUCCUGAUACUAUAGAAAGAAUGCAAAACCUACAUACAUUAUGGCUGCAACGAAAUGAAAUAACAUGCUUGCCUGAAACAAUCCGCAAUAUGAAAAAUCUGGGUACUCUUGUUCUCAGCAACAAUAAACUGCAAGAUAUUCCAGUAUGCAUGGGAGAAAUGGCAAAUCUGAGGUUUGUCAACUUCAGAGACAACCCACUGAAAUUGGAAGUAUCACUUCCUCCCAGUGAAGGCACAGAUGAAGAAGAGGAACGGGAAUUAUUUGGCCUUCAGUUUAUGCACACAUACAUACAAGAGUCACAGAGAAGAGCAGCUCUUCAGUUUUAUGUUUGUCAUGGACAGAUUCUGACAAUAUAUACAUGUAUGGCUCUGGAAAUUUGAAGAUCACCAAGUCAACGGUUCAACUACCUUACCAAUCUCCAUAAAUAUGGAUGGAUAAUAUAAUUCAAGAUGCCCUUCUAAAGAGGAUUACUUUGGUGAAUUCUCUAAUGUUUGGAUUUCUGAAGUAAAAAGAAAAGCUAUUACCAAAGUUUAAUGAGGCCACAGCAUUUUUUAAAGUUCAUAUUAUUUGUUAUUUAAAGUAUAUAUUUUUUAAUAUAAAAAUAUAAUUAAAAAUUUUUUUUGGUGGAA